UACCGGUACCCAUGGGUACCGGUACCGGUAUCAUAUCUUUUCCUAUUGGUAUAGUUUUAAUUUUUUUUUUUGUUGUACUUCACGUUAAUUGCUAAGAAUAAUCCCUUUAUUGAUUUUUAGAUCCUGACCUCUUGCUCUUUAAAUUAGACCCAAAAUAUCCACCAGGAAGCGAUUUAAUGGCCAAAACGAUUUUACGCGAUUCCAUUGUGAUUGACAUGAUUGUUACGACUGUUGUUGGUGAGAAUGCUCGUUCUCUUUAUACACCUAAGCCUACUGAAUGGGCCAAUGGAACAAAAUCUGACAUUGUUUAUACUGCCUCAGUAACAUCCUCUGAAUUGCCACCAGUGUUAAUUGAGGUCCAACAUACCAUUAACCUGGAUUUUAUUGACCGCCUUUUAGGGUACUCCUUAUUUGCGAAAAAAGAAUACAAAGCGAAGCCAAUUGUGGUUGUGUUUGGUACCUACGCAACACGUAAUGAAAUCAGCUCGGACUUUGAGGUAACUUCUUUUUCAUUUAUGAAGCAAAUCCCUUGCAAGUACUGGGCAGAAAAAUGUUAUAUUCUUGAUCAAAACACAUUCAUGGAAGCUACCAAGACUGUUCCUCUCCCUCCUUUGGCGGCGAUUGCCUACUUCUUCUCUUCAAAAAAGCUUUCAUUGCUAGCAUCUGAAUAUAGAGACGACCCUACUUUACAAACACUCUAUGCAAUUGCUAAAGAACAAACAGUGACCAAAGUCGCUGCAGAGCAAUCAACUUCUGAGGUAUUACUUGAGGUUUGCAAUCAAACCAAUCUACAGUUCAAAAAAAUUUUGAACACCCUAGAACCCAUGCCUGACACCCUUUUGAAAAAGCGCCUACGCGCAUAUGCUGAUGAUGGUGCUCUUUACACCCAAACAUGUAAAUACAAGUAUACAACAAAAAGAAACAAAGAAUUUGUAGAGUCUAUGCCACCACCACCCGAAUUAUCAGAUUUGGCCAAAAGCAUGAUGAAUGAAAGCAGCUCUUCUAUUGAUAUUCUUCGUGAGGAAAUUAGUGUACCUAAAACAGAUAUGGAGUAUGUUAAGCAGUUCAAGCAAAACGAAAGUAGGAUGGACUGGAAAACAUGUUAUGAAGCAGGAAAAAGCGAAGGUUUUUUUAGUUCUUAUUCCAGCAGCUCAAGUUUGAAGGUUGCAUUUUAUAAAAAAUUAAGUAAAAAAGAUUAAUUUGUUGUAUAUGUCAAAAUAAAGUUGUAAAUUCAUACCCAUUA